CAACCGCAGUCAGGUGACUGUCUGCAGACAGAACAUGGCUGACCUGUCAGAAGACCAAUGAGGGAAAGGCCAAAUUGAGCAUAAUCGAUCAUUUGUUUGGCGUCUUUUCUCGUGGCAGUCCAAAGCGGUUCUUCGGGUCAGACGCGUUCAAGAUGAACGGGAUGCCAGAUGGGAUGUCGAAUGGCCCGGACGGGAGCGAGCACGUUGGAACCAAUGCUCAGGUUUGGGAAAGGCCGUGGACCCUCGAGGAGAUGCGGCAGAGCAGUGCAAACUGGUCACUUGCAGCCGACUCAGGGCUCUUCUUGUUCCUUCAAGACUUCUCUCAGAAAAUGCUGUCCAAGACGCACGAGAUAGAGAAGCAGCUGGACAGCUUGAUCCGAGACACCAAGACCACGGAUAGCAGCCUGCAUUCUGUCUUCAACGACUUCCUCAUGCUCUCCAAUACCCAGUUUAUCGAGAAUAGAGUGUAUGAUGAAGAGAUUCAGGAACCCGUGCCCAAGACUGAUGCUGUGGAGAAGCAGGUUGAUCAGCAGAAAACCCGCGAGCAGAAAGAAGCUGAGCUGAUCCCCAAGAUGCAGGAAGCAGUGACUUACGGCCUGAAGGUGCUGGAGUCUGCCUUCGAACACCUGGAUAUCAAAGCCGGAAACUCCGACUCUGAGGACGAGGAGACCAAUGACAGAUUGGACGCGAUCCUCGAGCCUAAGGACCUUUAUUUGGACAGACCGCUUCCUUUUCUGAUUGGCUCCCAGGCCUUCAUGGAACAAGAGGACGUCGGCCUUGGCGACCUGUCUAGUGAUGAACUGUCGGUGGGCAAACCUGACAAACCCAUCAAGAAAAUUCCAGCUGGUGCCAUUUCGAUAUUUCCAGACAACAACCUCUUCAGUCCAAUGGGUGACUAUAUGGCGGGCAGAGAGAAUGGAGCGCAAAGCAGCAAAUCCCAAGUCACCCCUAAACCGGCCCCCGUCAGCGGGGGGCUGUUUGAUGAGGAGGAGGAUGAAGACGAUGACUUCUUCAGUGGUAAAAGCCUGAAAAAAUCUUCUUCCGCCGCGCAGGUAAAAUCCAAACCCAAAAAGCCCCUUGACCUUUUUGAAGAAGAUGACGAGGAUGGUGACAUAUUUAGCGAGAAGGCAGCUCAGAAUAAGGAGGCGGAAGAGCCAGUUAUACCGUCGGAAAAGAAGUUCCUCCCUAAAGAACCUGACAAACCCAUCAAGAAAAUUCCAGCUGGUGCCAUUUCGAUAUUUCCAGACAACAACCUCUUCAGUCCAAUGGGUGACUAUAUGGCGGGCAGAGAGAAUGGAGCGCAAAGCAGCAAAUCCCAAGUCACCCCUAAACCGGCCCCCGUCAGCGGGGGGCUGUUUGAUGAGGAGGAGGAUGAAGACGAUGACUUCUUCAGUGGUAAAAGCCUGAAAAAAUCUUCUUCCGCCGCGCAGGUAAAAUCCAAACCCAAAAAGCCCCUUGACCUUUUUGAAGAAGAUGACGAGGAUGGUGACAUAUUUAGCGAGAAGGCAGCUCAGAAUAAGGAGGCGGAAGAGCCAGUUAUACCGUCGGAAAAGAAGAUGCCUGCUGGUGCCAUAUCCAUGUUUGGUCCUGCCACAAAAAGCUUACUCUCUGAAGGCCUGAAGAAACGGCAAACCUCCCCCGACGACGACUCUGAGAAAUCUGAGAAGAAUGGGCUGGCUCCAGAUGUUGGAACAGCUGUCACUCAGACCCCAAAACCCCUUGCGAGUAGUCUCUUCUCCGAUGAUGAAGACACGCAAAUGUUUCCAACCAUCCCCAGGAGUCAGUCCGAUCCCCACACGAUGAGUCAGAGCAGAAUCCUCAAGCCUCAUGUGACCUUAUUUGAUGAUGACGAAGAAGAGGAUCUCUUUGCAUCUGCCUCAAAGCCAAAGCCGAACCCAGCGAAAACAUUUACGCCACAACCCAGUAAAGCGAUCUCCAGCUCCCUCUUCGGUGAUGAUGAGGACCAGUGGAUAAACCCUAAAACCAGCGCUGCCAAGCAAGAGACCAAGACGGGAGGAGGAAUGAAAGCAAGCGCCAGCGCCCCCUCCAGUCUUCCCGGUGUUACAACGUCGCAGAAAAGCACCCUCUUUGACGAUGACGACGACGAUCUGUUCGCUCCAGCAAAACAGUCGAGUCAGAAGAAACCCCAGAAAGUUUCUCUUUUGUUUGAGGAUGAGCAUGAAGAAGAAAAAGGAUCCCUGUUUGGAAUCAAAACAGAUGAUGGCGCAAACGCAACAGCUAAACCCACCUCCCUGUUAGACAAAUUAACAGAUUCUUCAGAUGCUAAGAAGGGAGCGAAAGAGAAACCGUCAUUGCCGCAGAAACCUGCGGCAAAGCCCCCAGAGGGUCUGCCGUCGUCCGCGGAAAGUAAGAAGAAGCCCGUCGGAGCCGUUAGCCUGUUUGGGGGCAUCAACGUCCUGGCCAAAAAGCAGGCAAAGAGCGUGUCGGAUGAACACGACAACGGCGAUGAUCACAGCCCGCCACCAAAUGUUAAGACGCAGGAGAAAGUCAAAACGAACGCUCUCAGUCUGUUUGAUGAUGACGAAGUGGAAGACGAGCACGAUCCCAUUUUCACCCCGAGUAAACCUACAGCCAGAAACACCGCAAAGCCCACAGAGGAGCGGCCUCAGGCAAAGAGCACCGGCGUGUUCCUGGAUGAGGAAUUGUUGUUUAGUCCCACCCAGCAGAAGGACAACGAUCCGGAUGUCGACAUUUUUGCCGUCUCAGUCAAGACCACGAGCACCAAGCUCAGCUCAGCGAAGCCGAUGACGAGUCUCUUCUCAGAAGACGAAGAGGAUGACCUGUUUGGCUCCAGCAAGCCUCGAUCUCUGCCCCCGAAAGUAGCGGAGAAACCCAGCACGUCUAAUGACAGGGCGCUGCUAGUCAAGCCAGAAACGGUUUCAGAUAUUCAGAAACCGGCACCAAGCCCUGUUGAACCAAAAGAACCAUCAUCAAGGAUUGGCAAACUUCAAGCGAGUCUAAAGAUCAAUCCCGCUGUGUUCCUCCCUGGCUCAGCCCCCAGCAUGCCGGGGGCCGUCAGUGUGCUGCCGGGUCUGGAUCCCAGUUCCUCCUCCGGGGUCUCCAGCUCCAGCAUGAGCCCCAGUCCUGCUACGACGCCAAUCGGAGCGCGGACAGACAGUGAGGCGGGAGUCAGCUUUGAUGCACCGCUCCAGGUUCAGACUUUGCAGAGUGCAAAUAAGAGUCGUGUCAAAGGUUCCAUCCAUCGAAGACCACAAUCCAGAGCGGCAAGGCAAGCGUCUCAAAGAACAGCGGAGGAACAAGAUGACAUUCCAGCUGGGAGUCUCCCCGUAGCCUCCUCCAGCUCAUCUACAGCCGUCCUGCCCCCGUCAGGCCACUUGAGUCAGAUUCCUACCUCACAGAACUCGGCUCCUAUUACAUCCUCGCCCUUACCUUCUCGACCUCACCCGGCUCAAAUCCCCACCAAGCCUUCUUUGCCGACGCUGCCUGUAGCCAACCACGCCAAGAAGCUCGACUCUAGUAAGGACGGCAACCAAGGCAAGGUGCUGCCUCCCCUUGAGGAGGAUGACAUUUUUGCUUCCGACGGCUUUUUCACCUCUGCCGCCAAACCCCCCACCAAAAAGGCCGAACAUCCGGUUGCGGCGGUACCAAAGACGGACGUAAGCAACCUCCCGUCCAUUUUCGACGACAACAGCGAUGACCUUUUCCAGACGGUGAAACCAAAAAUGGCAGCAAAGACGUCCAAGUCGUCACCCUUUAUGGAAGAUGACGACGAUGACGACGACUUCUUUGGAGUGAAGAGCAGCUCGACGGCUACGUCCACAAGUGGCCAAGACGUCAAGAGCAGCGACAGUUUUCCAAAGCAGGAUAUUUUUGAGGACGACGUUGCCGUCUUGCCUAAAGCCCACAAAGAGGGCACAGAGAAGCCCACCGAUGUCAAUCUGUUUGACGACAUCGACAUCUUUGCCGACCUGGCGGACUCUUUCGCACCAAAACAGAAGGCCAAGGCCAAGGAGGCCAGCAGGUCCAUCUUUGACGACGACAUGGAUGACAUUUUUGCACCAAGCACAGUCAAAACGGCGACAAAGGCGACUCCGAAAGCAAAAACCUCACCUCCAUCACAGGGGACCAGCACAACAGUGGACUCGACGAACAUGUUCGACGAUCCGCUUAAUGCUCUCGGGAGGAAUUGAAGUUGAGCUGUGGAUCAACGGCAUCGUAUUUUUUUGAUUGCUGAACCCGGAAGAGAUCGGACGCACUGUUGGAAAUAUUUAUAUAUCGUUAUGAUCGAUGGCGCAUCCCAGAUUCAUCCAUUUAUUUGCAUUGUAUCCUUCUUACGUAACAUUGAGUAAGGACUGCUAAUAAUUAGACAUGAUAGCACUUUAUGAGCGUACCCUUCUACUUAGCCUUAGCGCCUGGAGGAAUUAACAAUACUGGUAGAUUGUUUUUUUUUUUUUUGGCUGUGCCAUGUUGAGAUUUCUUGUCUAUAGGUGCCAUGUCAUGCUUUUGUCAACUCGGCUCGGAAGCUUUUUGACCAUAUUUUUAUCAAGAAUAAGAAAUUCACCCAUUUCUUAACUUUUGCUGUGACGAAAAAGAAAUGUCAUUUUUAUGAACUAAAAUGAAACAUAUUUUAUAGUAUCUAAAA